GCACCACGCGCAAGCGGCUGUCAAACGUUUGUUUUGAUUUUCUGCGAGCUUUAAACGUUUUUUCGCAUAAAAAGUUAACAUUUUUGAGAAAAUUCUCGCAAAAAGACAUUUCGAUCAUCAGCUGCUGGAAGGGAGAACUCGGAGCGGAUUCCAAAAAUACCGUCGCGCGCGCACCCGGCGAACCUCUCACGCGGUGCCGAAGGAAAGCUUUUUCUCGUGAAAAAUUUCGUGAGUGCGAGCCAAAAGCCGGGACCAUGCUCCCGUAGUCGUCAUCCCGAUCGUCAGUUGAGAUUGGAGCGCCGUGCCGUUUGGACGUUUUCUGUCGUGAACAUUUUUCGUUGGGUUUUGAGGCCUGAUUUUGGACAGUUCCUUAUAAGGAGGUUAAAAGAGGGGCCAUGGCGGACAAGAUAAGUGACCCGAUUCGGAAGUGUUCGAUCAUCCUGAAGGGGGCGAAGAGUGACACGGAGAAGUUUGCGGCGCUGUUUAUGGUGACGAAGCUGAUCAAGGGUGCGGAUUGUAACGAGGCCGGCCGGAAGUUGCUGUUCGAGGCGAUCGGGUUCGACUUUGUGCGGCGGCUGUUGACCAGCGGCAAGGAGGUUCCGGAUGCGACGGCCUACCAGAGUGUGGCGCUGUCGAUUUUGAGCUGUUUUUGCGAGGAUGAGCAGUUGGCGACGCACCCGGACAUGCUGGCCAGUAUUCCGGUGUUUUUGGGGGUCGUGGGGACGUGUGACGAUGAUGAGUACGACGAUAAUUUGAUUGUGAUCAACGAGGCGUACCAUUGUCUGCAGAGUAUUGCGGCGCACGAGGCUGGACGGGUUGCGCUGCGGGAUGCCGGGGUCAUUCGGCGGAUGGCGGAGAUCUACACGCAGCAGAGCUUCCAGAUUGACGAGGCGCUGACGUUGAUCGUGACGCUGGUCAGCCGGUUUGGGCCGAUUUCGUGGGAGGACGAACCGAAGCUGUUUCACGCGUUGAUGCAGCGAGUUGCGUUGGACUUUGAGACGGACCAUGCCGAGCGGAAGUUUGAGCUGGCGGAGAUGAUUUCGGUGUUGCUGUUCACCUGCCGGAAGGAGUUGAUUUCGCGCACGGUUGAGGGAGAGAUUUGGCCCGAGUGUUUGUACAAGGGCGUGAGCGAUAUUCUGACGAGCAAGUUAGGCAAGGCCCAGCGUGAUCCGACGCUGAAGCUGACGGCGAAUAUUUUAGAGGUGCUGGGGAUCGAGUGGACUCUGCACGACGUAGACAAUCCGAAGAAGUUCUUCCUGCUGUUGCUGCAGCUGGCCGCGAUUGAAGUGCGCAUGCAGACGGACAACAAGAGCUUCAACCAGGCGUUGGUUCAGGCCGAUCUAAUCACGGCCUGUUUCAUCAUUCUGGAGCUGUCCAUCAACUACAUGUCCACCGACCAGCUGGAUCUGGACCAGAAGGACAAGCAGCAGGUCUACACCGGGCUGAAGGGCGCCUUCACCGGAGUGCUGUCCGUUUUUACGAAGCUUUCGAACGACACUAAAAAGGACAAGCUUGGCAAGCGCGAAAAGGCCUUUGCCUGCGCCAUGGUCCGUGUCCUGUGCUCUUGGAUGGCGCAAGAAACGUCCGCCCUCAAGACUCAAGUCUUCAAGCUGAUGCCGUACAUCUUCCAGCUGGCCAACGAGUCGUUCUACGAGUCCCGUGACCACCGCAUCAAAGCCCGCACGGAGCCAACGGCCGAAUCCGGACCGGCGGACGUUCUUCGCGUCACCCUCCCGGCCCUUUGUCAUCUGGUCGUCGAAGAGGAUGCCCGCAAGAUCUUCUUCAAAGAAAAGGAAGAACAAGUCCUGUACGACUGUCUCCUCUUUCACUGGUCCAUCGCGCACUACAAGAAGCCUCCAGUUCCACGCGCAGAACGCCUGAAGCGCAUGAACGAACCCGACCCGGAAAUGACCCCCCAACAGCUCGAUGACAUGAAGGACUCCCGAACGGCGAUCGUCUCGCUGUGCAACAUCUUCAUGAACCUCACCGUCCUCGAGCCCAAAAUCGUCGACGAAAGCGAAGUUUUCGCCCAACUUCUGCGCUUCAUCUUUGAAAACCUACCCGAGCUCAAGGACAUCCCGGACAACCUCGUACUGCACGGUCACCUCGCCGUCCUCGGGCUGCUCCUGCUCAAGCAGCAAGCGCCCAAAGUCAAAAAGAACGACUUCUCCAUCUGCCGUUACAUCCAAACCACGAUCCGCUUUCUCUGGGACGCGUACAACAUCGACGAGUCCAACAACCCCCAGGAACUGGUCGUCUCGAUGGCCUACAAGGAGUACUGGUUCGAAAUCAUGGAGCUGUGGUUCCUCGGCAUGCAAACCAUGUCCGGCAUCCUGCGGCUCAUCCCGUGGAUCUCCGAGUUUGCCAUCGAGUCCGGCUGGGCCCAGGGCAUCAUCGAGACGCUGCGCAAGGUCAAGGUCGGCACGCUGCCACCGAACGUGAAGCUUGCGUACGAGGACUUUUUGUCGCAGCUCGUCGACGCCAACAAGGACGUGGCGGGGGUGCUCAAGAAGGCGGACGCCCUCAAAGUUUGCCGGAACCACCGGAUGAUGGAGCUGGGCAAGAAGCUGUUCGGCGAUUAAGCUCGGCAGCUUGCGUGUGUGUGAUUUUAUACUUUGUAAAGUGUGUCGAAAAGACGUGAAAUUCUGGCUUGCCCAUGCAGCAAAAGUGAAUAAAACUCAAAUUUGAGUCAUUUUUUGCAAGCGUGCUUCUAACUAAACUUUAAACUUACUUUAAACAAGUUGAGAUUAGUGUGUAAAGUGACAGAUUGUACCGCCUACACGCUUGUGAUUUGUUACUCAAAAUAUCCUUUAAAAAGGCAAGAAUUUCACGCCAUUUCGUCAUUAAUUCAAACAAAUUUUUCUCUUGUAAGUGUUCUUUUCUGCAGAAUAAUAAGUAUGUUAAUAAAAAGGCUGGAAGCUGGUAGCGAUUUUUAUAUCUAAAAAAA